AUGUUCAAGAGAGCGGUGUACUCCAUCAAGAGAUUUCCCCGGUUUUUCCAGAAGUUUGCAGCACGAUGGGAGAUUGGAGGUGCCCAGCGCAGCAUCGUGGCGUGGGCAGCGUUCGCCGGGAGUCCAGCGGCGACUUGCGUCAUUGCGAGCGCGAUCUCCCGCGGGGGCGCGACGCGGAGGAGCGACGCGGCGCAACGGGCCGAGCGAAGACUGCGCGUAGACUGCGCGCACAAGAGCGAGCGGCGCGGCGCAGGCGCGCCAUUCACCAUGCGACCGCCCGUGGCUCCACCGCUGCCGCUCGCGCUGCUGACGGCGGGCGCGCUCAUGGCGGCGGCGCCAACGCCGGGCGCCCGCGCCGCCAGGAUCCUCGCCCUCUUCCCCACGCCCUCCAUCAGCCACCAGCUGCCCUUCCAGGUGGUGAUGAAGGAGUUGGCAGCGCGCGGUCAUCAGGUCACCGUCAUCAGCACUGAUCCUCUUAAGCUACGACAUACUACGGAGCGUGAAGAUCGCCGACAUGGAGGGCAUGAGCGGCGUGAAGCAAAUGGAAGCUUUCCUGCCAGUCAUGCACGAAAUCGCAGACGCCCAGCUGACGUCCCCGCAGAUACAGGACUUUCUCAGGAACAACGCAUCGCAAGGCUACGACCUGGUGUUCCUGGAAUGGCUGAUGUUCCAAUCGUAUUUCGGCAUAGUACACGCAGUGGGGUCCCCUCCUCUGGAAACUCUUCUGCGGAAGCAUUUCGGUGCAGCGCCUCCAUCUGUGUACGAGACAGAGCACAACAUGAGUUUGCUGAUAUUGUGCAACCACUGGCCCUUAGACUAUCCGCGCGCUCUGCUGCCCAACGUGGUGCAACUGACAGGGCUGCACGUGCGGGAAGAGACACGCCCCCUUCGCAGACCUGCAGAGCGUGCUGGACGGCGCGGAGCAAGGAGUCGUCUACUUCAGCCUGGGCUCCAACGUCAUGAGCAAGGACCUGCCGCCCGAGAAGCUCCAGGCCAUCCUGCGCGCCUGGCGCGCCUGCCGCAGCGCGUGCUCUGGAAGUUCGAGGCCGACGCGCUCCCCGGCCAGCGCCCAACGUGCGAAUCUCCAAGUGGCUGCCGCAGCAGGACAUCCUCGGUGAGUCCUCCACCCACGACCUCAGCCUCUUGCAUCACACGCGCAAAGCGUCCUCGGUAUGUCCUUCCCCAUGUCCUCAGCAUCUCGCAUCACACGACCAGCGCAUAACGAACGGCGAAUCAUCUUCUCCCCGCAUCACACAUCCGCUACCUGCAUCACACGCCCAACGUAUGUUCUCCCCACGCCCUCAACCAAUCUGCUCCUCACAACAUACUAGGUGUAUUAUCAUCGUUGUCUGGCGUUCUCUACAACUCCGCGCGUCGCAUCACACGCCCAAUGUACUAUCCUCUGUGAGACCUCCCAUUCCGUCCUCACACCUCCGCUCCGAACAUCUCACGCCCAUUGUAUCGAUGAUGAGACACUCAUUCCCGUUCUCAUCUCCUUCACUCCAAGCAUCACACGUCCAAUGCAUCCUUAUUGAGUUCGACCUCCUCCCCCCCCCCCCCAACACAC